AUAUAUAACUCUAUAUAUAUGUGGACCAUUUGUUGUUCAACUUUAAUUUCCUUAAGAAAAAGUCUCUUGACUAUCCAUUGGCAGGCUCUCUCAUCCGGGCUCACUAGAGCUUUUCUGAAGAUCAUACUCCCUAUUCACAAUGGGAGUCAACAACAUGCAGAAAGUCUUGGUUUUGUUGACUCUGGUGAUGUGUUGCUGGGCUUCCAUGGCUAAAGCUGAGUACUUCAAAUACAAAGAUCCCAAACAACGACUCGGUGUUCGGAUCAAAGACUUGAUGAAAAGGAUGACAUUAGAAGAAAAGAUUGGCCAGAUGACCCAAGCUGAUAAAUCAGUUGCAUCCAAAGAGAUCAUCAAGAAGUACAAUCUCGGGAGUAUUUUAAGUAUACCAUUCCCAACAAGUCUUCCAGCACAAGGAGCAUCCCCUAAAACAUGGGUUGACAUGGUCAAUGAUCUCCAAAGUGGUUCGAUAUCAACCCGUUUGGGGAUACCCAUGAUUUAUGGGAUUGAUGCUGUCCAUGGUCAUAACAAUGUUUACAACGCCACAGUCUUUCCUCACAAUGUUGGUCUUGGAGUUACCCGGGAUCCUGUUUUGCUUAAGAAGAUUGGAGCUGCAACCGCACUUGAAGUUAGAGCCACUGGCAUACCAUAUGUUUUUGCACCUUGUAUUGCAGUAUGUAGAGAUCCAAGAUGGGGUCGUUGCUACGAGAGUUAUAGUGAAGAUCCCAAGAUUGUUAAGUUAAUGACCGAGAUUAUACCGGGUUUGCAAGGAGACAUCUCUGUUGGUUCAAGAAAGGGUGUUCCUUAUGUGGAGGGACAAAAUAAGGUAGCAGCAUGUGCUAAGCACUAUUUGGGAGACGGUGGGACCCACUUGGGCGUAGACGAGGGCAACACGAUCAUAGACGCCAAAGGGUUAUUCAGUAUACACAUGCCAGCGUACUAUGAUUCAAUCAUCAAGGGUGUGUCUACUAUUAUGACCUCAUAUUCUAGUUGGAACGGAGUUAAAAUGCACAAAAACCGUUUCCUUGUCACCGAUUACCUCAAGAACACACUCAAAUUCAGGGGGUUCGUUAUAUCGGAUUUUCAAGGGAUAGACAGGAUCACUACUCCUCCAAAUGCUAACUAUACAUACUCUAUCCUAGCCGCGAUGAAUGCCGGCAUAGACAUGUUCAUGGUUGGAUUCACCUAUGAAGACUUCAUCACUCGUCUAACUUACCUAGUCAAGAACAAGUUCAUACCCAUGAGACGCAUAAACGAUGCGGUUAAGAGGAUUCUAAGAGUCAAAUUCACCAUGGGUCUGUUUGAAAAUCCUUUGGCUGAUUACAGCUAUGCUAAGUACCUUGGAUGUCAGGAGCAUCGCGAUCUGGCUAGGGAAGCUGUGAGGAAAUCACUCGUGUUAUUGAAAAAUGGUAAAUCUGUAGAGAAUCCAUUGUUACCACUUUCUAAAAAGACGUCGAAGAUACUAGUUGCAGGGUCCCAUGCCGAUAAUCUUGGUAAUCAAUGUGGAGGGUGGACUAUCCAGUGGCAAGGACUUUCGGGAAAUAAUCUUACUGCUGGCACCACAAUAUUAUCUGCUGUAAAAACUACUGUUGAUCCAAGAACUCAAGUGGUCUAUAGUGAGAAUCCGGAUGAUAAGUUUCUUAAGUCUAAUAAAUUUGACUACGCGAUAGUUGUAGUGGGAGAGUACCCGUAUGCAGAGCUUUUAGGAGACAGCUCAAACUUGACCAUCCCUGAGCCUGGACCAAGUACCAUCAAGAGGGUCUGUGGUUCAGUGAAAUGUGUUGUGGUGCUGAUCACCGGCCGGCCUGUGGUGGUACAGCCAUAUGUAGAAACGAUAGACGCCCUUGUGGCUGCUUGGCUUCCUGGAACCGAGGGUCAAGGUGUCACGGAUCUUUUGUUUGGUGAUUAUGGUUUUACGGGCAAGCUUGCACGAACGUGGUUUAAGUCGGUUGAUCAGCUUCCAAUGAACGUUGGAGACCCGCAUUAUGACCCGUUGUACCCGUUUGGGUUUGGACUCACUACUGAGCCUAGGAAAAAGUAAUGAACCUCAGAUGAAUGCAUUGAAAAAUAUCUUUAAUAAAUGUGAGUGGGAUGUAUUAAUAAUAGAUGUCAUUUUUCUCCAUUUUAGAACAUGUUUCAUGUAACUAAUAAUUAAGAGAAAUGACAAAAAUAACCUCUCAAGUGUCUCA